GCUGCCAGCGAAUCGAUUCGGACGAUUCACUUGGCGUAGACCAAAUUCCGCGGAGUAGUUAUGCCGUAGCACAAAAAUCAACGUCUAACCCAUCACUGCCAUAUUGUUGUGUUCAUGAUUCAUUACGGGUACAAGUGUGAAUAUAAGCUUUAUCUAUAUAACGAGGAAAUAAGUGUAUAACCCCAGUGUGAGGCGACGGCGAGCCAGCCAGUGCGAGCGUAGUAGAGUGAUUUCGCGUGAACGUUUGUUGGAGAUCGUCCUGUGUCUGGAUUGCUAACUCAGACUCCCCGCGGUGAAAAGAUGGAGCGCCGACAGUCAGGGAUGGGGGCCAUGAUGCCGUUCUUCCCUGGUCCAGGGAUGGGCGAGCAGCCGCCCUUACCACCGCCAGAGAUCCCACCCUUCCCACACAUGCGGGAGCGCUUCCCUAACGCUGUCUGGGGAGGCGAGUCGCCGCAAGGACAGUGGCCGCCGCCUUUCCACCCUCCCGCCCUUGGCCACCCACCCAUGGGUCACCCACCACCCCCACCACCACCACAUCAGUUCAACCAGUUCGAGCCUCGACAACCUAUGUUCAACUUCCCUGGUGGACCUAGUGGAGCGCCGGCGCCCCCUGCGCCAAGCGUGUCCGUGUCGCAGUACAACAACCAAUUCAACGGACAAUUCAACGCCGGAGGUGACAACGGCAACGGCGGGUACGUGCCGCAAGGACACUUCUCCCCGCAGACACCGCAGACCUCCGUCCCCGCAUUCAGUAACGGCCCGCCCAAUGGUUUCCUUGGCCAAAACCAGGGAAACGGGGUAGUGGGGGGUUCAUCUCCCCAUCACCACCGCUACCCAGGAUCUAACGACUUCCAUCAACAGCAACAACAACAACAGCAGCAACAACAACAGCAACAACAACAACAGCAGCAACAGCAGCAACAACAACAACAACAACAGCAGCAGCAACAGCAGCAACAACAACAACAACAACAACAACAACAACAACAACAACAACAGGGCGGCAUGUUUAAGUCGCCGAUGCCUUCGCCUGCCGUGUCGGCUCCUGAGGCGUCGCCGGUGACGGGGGGCUUCACCAUGACGACGUUGCCGUCACCCCACGCCCCCCACACACCCCACGCUCCUGAUCACCCAAACGAGAAGCCUGGGUACCCGCCGCCUCCCCCCACGCAGAGUUUACUCGGCUCUAGAGUGACUGCGGGCGGGUACUCGGGUCAAGCCUUGGAGGGGGGUGCGGGUGUGCCACAGGGCAGCCCGCACGGUUCCGUCAGCGUGCAGAGCCGACUUAAAAACAUGAUAAUGUCCCGGCAGGGCAGCAGCUACCCCGGGGGAAGUGUGGACUCUCCGCCCCUAGGGGAGGUGCACUUCUCCGGCCACGUAGCGGCCGUCACCAGUGUUGCUAACGCUGAGCCAUCACACAUGCAUGAAUCCCUCAAGAUGGCCCAGAAUUUUUUAGCCUAUAGGACUACAGAGUCUGGCCCGGGCUCUGUAGUCCACGCUAACAGUACUGAUGUGAAGGGCGGUGUGGAGGCCGCGACGGCCCACACCAACACCAGCAGCAUAGACUCGCCCCCACAACAAGGGGGGGCACCGCUGCAGGGGACGCUCCCCAACACACAGUGUCACAGUGGUCAAACUAACAGUGAAAAUGUUAACAUUAAGCAAGAAAUAAAGGAAGAAGUAGAAACGGAAAGUGAAUGUGACCUUAGUAAAGAUGUGGAAGUUAAGAGAGAACCAGCUGACCCCUCGAGUAGCAUAGCACCCAAACCGCCUGACGGGCCGGACCCCCACCUGCCGGAAGAACAGCUGGACCACAAGCCGCCAGUGGAUCAGCUGGACCCCAAGCCAUCGGCUGGACAGCUAGAUCCUAUGUCGCCAUUGGACCAGCUGGUCCACAAACCGCGAGUGAACCAACUGGAACGCAAUCUAUCAGUGAACCAGGUGGAUCAUAAGCUGCCAGCUGAGCAGCUGGAGUCUAAGCCAAGCACAUUUGGCCGCCAACAAGACCCCGGCUGGAAGCUGUCUGUGUACGACUUCCCUGACAGUCCGGACUCCAACCAGAGCCGUCAGGAUUUUCGGUUUGGCAGGGUCAGGGGGGCAGGACCGUGUGUGUCACGGCCUGCGUGUGCUAGUGUGGCCGGAGCUGGCCAGGUGCCGCUCCGUCCACCCCCCGCGGGGCCACAACCACCCCGUCUGCCCCCAUCAGCACCAGCUGGGGGGCAGACCAGGCCCCCGGGGCCCCCUGCCUCUGCCUAUCAGCCUCAACAAUCAGUUCCUGAUCAUUCAUCUAACACAACCACUACCAUCACCAAUUCUGAAACAACGCCUUCGCCCGUCACAGCCACCAGUCAAGCCACGCAACAACGGCAGCGUCUGUUUCAACAGCAUGAGCAUCCAUCUCCGUAUCUUGUCAGUUGUCAGCAGUCCAGUGUUCACCGGGAAAACGUCCAGCAACCUCAAGCACAAGUGAAUGCUCAACACGCCAGUAAGCAGCAGGGGAGCACUGGUGAUCAGCCUGGCCCUCAGCAGGCUGACAACUGUGCUCCAGUAAAUCAAGAGAACCUCCAGUACCACCCGCUACAACACCUCCAAAACUUCCACCAACUUCAUCAUCUGCAGGAACAGAAACAGAAGCAACAACUGCAAGAGCGACAACGACAUUUGCAACAACAACAGUUACAACAGCAACAGUCACUGCAGCAACAGUCACUGCACCAACAGCAGCAGCAACACCUAAGGCACCAACAACCACUACAACAGCAACAGCAGCUACAACAGCAGCAGCUACAACAACAACAGCAGUUGCUACAGCACCAUCAGCAACAACACCAGCAACUCUUGCAACGUCAGCAACAGUUGCAACAACAACAACACCAGCUGCAGCAGCAACAGCAGCAACAACAGCAGCAACAACAACAACAACAACAACAACAACAACAACAGAAACAACAACAACAACAAGAAGACAACACCACCAGUCCACCGUCGGGUCUGAGUGAGCUGGAAGCCCUGAAGAUGCGCCUCCGUCAGAACGAGCUGGAGAUACCCCGGUGCUCUUGUGUCGUGCCCCCUGGUACCCCAGACCCUGGACCUAUCUAUAAUCACCUGGGAGCUGGGUCUUCUCUGUCAGAACUUCGGAGCAAGAUUGAACAGCAUACAGGUCAAUCAGGCACAGCUGUCAGAAUUGAGAAAGUUAUUUAUACUGGGAAAGAAGGGAAAACUGACUCUGGUUGUCCACUAGCAAAAUGGGUUAUACGUCGAGGUGGACCAGAGGAGAAGACUUUGGCCAUAGUGAAGCACCGGGUGAAACAUACGUGUUCUUCAGCUUGGAUUGUGAUUGCUCUUGUAGCCUGGGAAGGAAUACCCUCGCCAGUUGCUGAUGACAUGUACUCUAUGCUUGUCUAUAAGCUCAACAAAUUCGGAACUCCUACUGAAAGAAGAUGUGGUGUUAAUGAUGAGCGCACUUGCAUCUGUCAAGGAUUAGACCCAGAAACAUGUGGAGCUUCAUUUAGUUUUGGUUGUUCAUGGUCUAUGUACUACAACAUGUGCAAAUAUGCUCGCAGUAAGACUGCAAGGAAAUUCAAGCUUACAGACGAUCAAGAGGAAAGUGAAAUAGAGCACAAGUUGCAGAGUCUAGCCACUAUUUUAGCACCUGUGUAUAAACAAUAUGCCCCAGAAGCAUACAAGAACCAAACUGCUUUUGAAAACGACAGUCUAGAGUGUCGCCUGGGGUACAAUGGUGGACGUCCAUGGGCUGGGGUCACAGCGUGUGCUGAUUUUUGUGCUCAUGCUCACAAAGAUAAUCACAACAUGAAUAAUGGCUGUACAGUUGUAGCUACCUUAACAAAACACCGCGGAUUUUCCAGGCCAGAUGAUGAGCAACUCCAUGUCUUACCUUUGUACAUAAUAGAUCCCACUGAUGAGACUGGAUCUUACGAAGACUAUCAUCGCAAGGUCCAGUCAGGUGCUCUCCAGGUGCUCACCAGGUAUCCCUGUGAAAUUCGACUACGAACCGAGCCACUCCUCUCCUGUCGUGCAAGAAACCUUCUUGCAAGAGGGUUACCUCUCCCAAAGCGUAUAAGAGGUAGAGGCAGAGGAAAAACAAGAGGUGUAGGCAUUGGCCGAGGAAGAGGAACUGAUGGGAUCAACAGCCCCACAGCUCAAAGUGUAGACUUUGGUGAUUCACUUGGGCCCGACCUAGACUUUAUGCUAAAUGGUAUUGACUUUAGUGAUCCAAAUGAUGUAUUGAGCAAUUAUGGACUCGAUGGUUCUGAUUAUAGUUGGUUAUUAGAUGUUGGACCAGAUAAUGAUUUUGGACUUUCAUGUGAUUUAGACCAGAUAAUUUCAUGUAAAGACGAUAGUACAAGCAGUGACGACGUUGCAUCUUCCAAUCAACCAUUAGCUGACAGUAAUCACCAUGAUAGCGUGAAAGGCACUGAGGGUUUGGCAGUCCCAGAAGGCCAAUUAAGCCAAAGACAAAAUGCCCCUGGCCAAACUCCAACACUUACUGAAUCUCAUAUGGUCUCAGGUGACCCUCCUACUAGUCAUAUAGGAAGUUCACCCAAAGCAGUAGCUGGCCCUGGUGCCUCCCCUACAGUACAAGGUAGUCCUCACAAUUCACAAUCUUCAAUGCCUCCUCCUCAGUCUCCUGCUCCUAAGAGACCUUACUCUCCACAGUGUUUUAAUUCUCCUCUUUCUUCUUGCUCCACUACACCUCUGCCUCCAUCAUCGGUGAGUCCAAGUGCAUCUCCUCUCCCUUCUCCAGCUAUUCUUUCGGUCCCUCAGUCAUCUAGUCCUUGUCGUUCUCCUAUAGGUUCUCCAUCUGCUAGGUCCAUAACCCCAUCAAAUCCUCCAUCUUCAACCAGUCCUUGUUCAUCUCCCCUUCCAUCACCACAUAUAAAAUCAUUCACACCACCAUGUCCACCACAGUCAACAAGUCCUUGCUCAUCUCCAGUUCCUUCAUCAGUCACAGAAUCAACAACUCCUUCACACAGCACACAAUCACCUCAUGGCUGCCAAUCAUUGAUAGCUUCUCCUGUGGGAGGCUGUGCAGUAGUAGCAGCACCCCACCCACCUUCCUUUGGACAAGCUUGUUCUGUCAGCACACCACUCACUCCUGUAUCAUCUCCAAACCCCCAAGGCCAAGGGGCUGCCAACCCCCAACUCUCUCACUCUAUUAAUAGUCAACAGCAACAAUGUACAAAUACAAUAGAAAAUCAAUGCCACAACUUUAUUAAGACUCAAAAUGAACAAUAUCUCCAUUCCUCUCAACUUCCGCAAAAUACUCCCUCCGCUGCGUGCAGUUUGUCACAUGUGAUGCAAAAUGGUGUUGAUCCAGCUCUGCAAAUGCACUACAGAAGUACAAAUCAAUUUAGUAGGGGACCAAAUAUGCAAGAAGUAAUGCCUUUCCAUCAAGACAGGUUAUACAGUAACCCUUUUUCCAAUUUAACCAGUGAUGAAAACCCCAGUAGAAGUGAACAACAGUGUAAUAAACCUAAAGAACCAGAAACUGUAAUCAAACAGAGUGACAAUGUUGAGAAUUUCCACGAUCCAGAUAUCGGAGGUGUAGCCAUUGCUCUGACCCACGGUUCGGUGCUAUUUGAAUGUGCCAAACAUGAACUGCAUGCCACAACUGCACUCAAGAACCCAAACAGACGUGAUCCAAAGAGAAUUAGUCUCGUGUUUUAUCAGCACAAGAACCUGAUUUACAGAAACCAUGGAUGGGCGAGGUUUGAGGAAAAGAUGGAAAAGAAAAGAAGUGAAGAAGAAAGAUUAAUCAAAGAGGGAAAGUUGAAACCUUCUCCCCGGAAAAAGAAGAAAAUGAUGAAAGAGGGUUUCGUGUUUCCAGAUGAGUGUAAUAAAAUGUUAGAGUCUGAAUUCCAAAGGAUGAAUGGUGUAUCACAUAUGAAGGAAGAGUUGAGGUUAAGUCCUAAUAUACACGAAGGGCAUGGUGUGAGGAACAGAGUUGGGCAUCCAGAAGGUCAUAAGAUUGAUACAAAAUCAGCCACUGUUUGUCCACCUUCAGAUAUGAGGCUUCCUAACCAUCCAGAUCUUAAAUCUCCUCCAGUAAGCUAUGCUAGCUAUCAUAAACCUCUUGCAUCUGGCUUAGACAGCUGUAGACCCUUCAGUCCUACUCAAAAAUUUGGUGUUUCUCAAGUCCCAGCAUAUUCUAUGGCCUCACAUCCCCCCCAUUUAGUUACCACCUCAGCACCAACCUUAAAUCCUCACAUGCAAAAACCCCUACCAACACCAGACCACAAUUACAGCGGGAUGUUAAAUAUGCAUAGAAAUCAUCAUGGGGAACUUCACUGCCCUCCCUUUAAUGUUUCCAUGCAAGAAUUCAACCCAUAUAACUGUAUGUCUAAUGCAGGUGGAGAGCCCUAUCAGCCUAUUUGCCAUCAACAGCAUCGCAAUUUUCCCAAUCAAUAUACUCAUCAAAAUAGCCCCAUUAAUAAUGUAGUUCCUGUUAGUAGUUCACACAGUGGCUCCAGUCAUCCUCUCAACCCAAUGAGUAGCCCAAUUCAUAAUCCAAUGCCGAGUCCUCAUGGAAAUGCAAUACAAAGCCCUUAUGGCACACCAAUGCAUAGUCCGCAUGUAAAUUCUUUACAUAGCCCCCAUGGUAAUCCGAUGCACAGUCCACUUGGCAAUCCGAUGCAUAGUCCGCAUGGAAAUCCAGUUCAGAGUCCCCACAAUAACUCAAUGCUCAGUCCACAUGGAAAUCCUCUCAAUUCACCCUUGUUAAGUCCCCAUGCAAACCCCCUUACCACACCUCUGUCAAGUCCCCAUGCAAAUUCUCAUAGCACUCCAAUGCCUAGUCCCCAUGCAAAUCCCCAUAAUACACCCAUGCCAAGCCCUCAUUCAAACCCUCAUAAUACACCCAUGCCUAGUCCCCAUGCGAAUCCCCACAAUACUCCUAUGCAAAGUCCAUAUUCAAAUCCCCUUACUACUCCAAUGUCAAGUCCUCAUACAAAUCCCCAGAACACUCCAAUGCCAAGUCCCCAUAAUACCCCUAUGCCCAGCCCUCAUGCAAAUCCUCACAAUUCGUCAAUGCCAAGUCCCCAUGGAAACCCCCACAAUACAUCCAUUUUAGGUCAAAAUCAAGGCUUCUCCAACCAAGCUUCCCAACCCUCUUAUGGUUUAACACCUCCAUACAGCCCAGGUCCCCAUGGUUCCAUACCACAAGGAACCCCUCUUCCCAACUUCAGCAAUGUCUCCGGUAGUUAUAACCCGCUGGCACCGCGAGCACCUUCUGCCCACCCGACCUCCACCUGGUCAGAAAUGAGAUAUGCUCCGCCUUUUAGAGUGACUGGACCCUACAGUGAAUGGCCAGGAAGUUAAAAGAGUGUGGUCCCGGAAUUCCUGAAUCUUGUUAUUCUCAAUUCUUGCUGUUACUAUGUUACUUCUCAAAUGCUGUGUAACUUUAGUGUUUGGCUGUGAGCUGGCUAUAUUAGCUCAAAAUGUGGUAGCUGCGGUGUAACUGGUCACAAAGAGUGAAAACUUACUUUCUGUUCAGAUAUAGCACUAGUCGAUAUUUAUUUAUUGUGACUGAAGUAAAUGACAGUUGUUCUUUGGAGAAAUACUAUGACUGUACAGUAUGUAACCUUUUGCCAUAUCACAAGCCAUUACUUGUGUAAUGAUCUCAUGUGAGUGAAAGAUGUCUUUGUAGAACUUUUGGUGACAAUUCUCAUUUUUAUUGAUGAAUCAGUUGUAUAGUUGUAAGGUAGUCUUACCACAAGUGUUGCUUCUUAGACGGCUUAUUUAUCAUUUUCCUUGUAAAUAGUACGCAGACUGUUUAGUUUUUUAAUCUAAGGAUUUCCAUAGUUCUGAUAAUUGAAUUUUGAGGAAAUACAAUGCAAAGAUGUUUGUUUAAAAUUGAAAAUGUUGAACCUGACAUUAACAGACAUGAGGAUGUCUGCAUAUUUCUGGUGGUGUUUAAUACUCAGAAGUGUUCUCUGAAUGGUGUGGGGAAUAAUCAGAAUAUUGCUCAAAUAUUCUCCAUUAACAUUUGAAUUUAUUUUUUUUUGGAAAUGCAUCACUUUAAGCCAAGAUGAUUACUAGUCUAUGCAAGGCAUUUUUAAGAAAUUUAGCCAUGUACUUUAUUUUUCUUAGGAUAAUUACUAACAUAUUUUUGGCCAAAAGGAAGGCCUUGAUGAUGUUAUUGUUUUAAGGACAUUUAAGGACAUGAUCACCAAGUACAUACAAAGUACACCCAUUCAGAUUCUCACAUCUAAUCUCAAAAGCCAUAAAAGCAGUUGUGAACACAUCUCCCCAGCCCAAAACUAUUGCAUCAGAAGGGCAAUUUUAGGCCCUCUUAUAUCACAUUCUGUUGCACAUUACUGGUAACGGCACACUUAUAUGCAUAUUUUCAUUAAUAUGCUUAUAAAUUGGUUAAUGCACUAAAGAACAGUGGCAACAAUAGCGUGAUGUAUUUGGGCCUAUACCAAGUAACAUUCUAGACUAAGUUGCCAGUGGGCAUAAUUUGAAUGAAACCCUCCACAUGAGUGUAGCCAAGACGUGGAGUCUUCCAGCGGUAGAGUUGUGAGUUCAUUUGAGGCUUUCCUUAACUUAAUUUAAAUUUCUGCAUAUUUUAUUCAUUUUUUCUUAAGUUUAACUCUGUGAUCAAAUUCAUUUAUAUAUUUCAGACAUAUCUUUUUUUAUUCUCUUACUAACUAAUGGGGAGUUGUUUUACCUGAAUGGCCCAUGGAUGCUUGUGCAACAUAUGGUCUUAUUUCUGCUAAUGUUUUCUCACAGGACUAGUGCUGGACUCUUGGCUUGGCUACAUUUGCCUCUGUCGCCUUACUAUCGCCAUCUCUUGUACAAAUAACUUUUUGUGCAGUCUCCUCCUUCCUUUACUUUUUCUAUUGAUUAUUCUUGACAAUUGAGGUGCACUAGUUCAUAAUCACCCUUUAGAGAUAAAAAAAAAUGCUGUAAUUUUUGGAUAAUAUUACCCCUGUGCUACAUGCGUAAGGAGAAUGAAAAAAUAAGCUUGAGAAUCUUUUUGUAUUUUUACAUGCAUUUUGAUACUUUUAUUGAAGGCAAAAGUGAAGUAUUGUUUCGUAGCAGUACCUAUGAGGCGGGAUGUAGAGAGGGGUUGGGGUGGACCCACUGGAGUGAGCUCUGUUGAGGACGUCAUGUAUUUUUCAUCCUACUACGUUUUUGAAGUGGCAUUGUGAUUUCUAGGCUGACUAGAAUGUAUUUGUCUGAGCGUUUCACUGUGGUGUUUUGAUGUCCAAAGAUGUAUAAAAGGUGUCCAAAACAGUGAAAAAGUGCAGAAAUUCACUGUCGAUAUUUGACAGGGGUAGCAACUGUGAGGUGUCUUUGUUUAUCAUGUUUAUAGAGACUCAUUGAGAUAUUACAUUUCGCCUGAAGUUGCACAUCUGGUCAUACAUACAUUGCCACUGUUGCCUUCCUUCCUGGUGCCCUAAUGUAGUAAGUAAUUAAACGCUUGAUUGUCGGAUAAGUCGUGACGCUGGAUUAUAAAGUACAAAUUAAUACCACCCUCAGUCUUAAGUUAUAGUGGCACUCCUCUUUACACCCCGCAGGCUUAGUUGAGAUAUCUUUAAAUCUUUCUGUCUGUCUGUCUCCUUCCUGUUUAAAUAAAUAACCUCUAUCCGUUUUUCUACCUUAAAACCUAGUCAUGUGUCUGUUGCAGAGACCCCAUUAUGUGACUCACGACUCAUCCCAUUGCCUUAGGCCAUUAUGUAUUUUUGUGACAUUAGAAUGAAUAUUUUCUAUGCAUAUAACUUAUAUUUCAUUCUCAAAUUCUGUUGAACAUUCGACAUAUGAUUGAAUGUUGUAAUAAUGAAAACAAGCUGAGGUCUUCAUUUCCUUUUGUAUGCUUGUAUUGAUAUGAGGGCUAUUAAACCUAAUCGCCAGAAAAAGUGAGGUUUGAAAUUUAAACUUGAGAUCAGAACUAUGUUCCAAGUGUCACUUAAUCUUUAAUCAACAUUAUGCACAGACUGUGUUAUGUUCCCUACUCUACUGUCACAGAAACACACUAUUUACUAAUUAAGAUAUUAUUUCAAUAUUUAGUUGUGUUUUACAUUAGGGGUUUCUGUGAUGAGGCUGACUGUCUUAUUUAACCUAAUCUGAUUCCUUGACUCCCACUCCGAUAAACCUUAUCUGACCAUUGACGACAAAGUUGGAACUUGAAUUCAAGGCAAAGAGAUACGAAAUGAUGAUGGCAGUGUUAUUGAAUAGUUGAUAAAGUCUCAUGCUUGUACAUACUUUAUCUUUAAGGUAGCCAACAGUUAUUAUCGUGAGGGAGUGAACAAUGAUGAGUCUUGUGAAGGGUUACCAGAAGGUCCUGUUUCCUAUUUAGUAACACAGGGGAAAUGACUCUCAUGGUAAUCCUGUGUGAGGUUCAUGAUGUUGAUUGCGUCACCAUUAUGAAUAAUGAUUAUAAUCAAUGUGCCGAUAGAUAUGCUCUUUUUCCCUUUGCUGAUAAUUAUGUUCUGUUUAGAUGCAAUAAUAUAUAAAAUUGUUUGUGCAGUUUGUCAGACACUCCGCUGUUCGUUUCUACCAUAUUGCGGUAGUCCACAAUAGCAAAGAACUUUGUAAGAAUUUCAGAUUCAGUGCUCUCCUAAGGUCGCCUUAGCACUGUUAAUGUUAUUCCUACAGAAAUCUUGUAGCACAUGUGACAAUUAUGAAAACCUUGAACCUUAAAUAAAUUUCAGUGAAACUUAACUUCUUUCUAUUAAGAAUAGAAAAAUAAGUUUUAUUGCAAUUAAAACUAGGUUCAAUAUAGUAGGAUUUGUCACGAGUUUGUGGACCAGCCCUGUACAAUAGUCCCGCACGGCCCCCACACUGUGGCCUGCGGAGCCCCCACCAGGUACCCCCCCCCAAAAGGACUGUGGCUAAGAGGCUGGUCAUGGACAGGUACUGGCAAGGUAAAUGGUAUGGAGGAUAUGGUACCAGCGGCCAGGAGUGCCUCGCAGCCUCGGAUCUGAGUGUCCCUUAUAGGUGAAUUUGACAGUUUCAGAGAUUUUCAAUUUAGCAGAUUUUCUGUAGAUAUCUUGGAGUUCUAGCAAUAUUGGAAAUCCCUGAAACUGUUUGAACUACCUUGUACCACAUACAGAAUGUUUUCUUGUUGACUGUUGCAUGUUAUUGUGCCAACAUUUUGGGUCUCUCCACUGAGUUACCAGAUAAUCAAAGUUGCCAGAUGCCUAUAGAUUUUUACCCUAUUUAAACACAACCAGAUUGUUAUUCAUAGCUUAAAAAUCUAUAAUUUAAAGUGAAUCUCACCGAGGACCCAAGUCUGACUCAGCCGGGCUGUGGUGCACUGAUGGCUGCGAUAGAGUUAGUUUACUAGAGUAGACCAAAUGUAGAUGGAACAUGUAUCAAUAAUUAUGCUGUCUAUGUUCUCAUCCUCAAUAAAUGAUCAAAACAA